AUGUCGGCACGUUCGGUGGCUGUGGUGGCCACAGGUCUCGGAUGCUUCGCCCUCGCAAUGUGCUUAUUUGCCUUCCCCAUGAUUCUCAGCGAAAUCAGCGACAUCCGUGCUGAACUCGAUGCUGAAAUUGAGUCGUGGAAGCUCGAAACCGAUAGCCUCUGGAGGGAUAUGAACAAGUACGGAAGAGUCCGUCGUCAGGCCUACGGAUACGCCGCUCCUCCCCCACGCGGAAGUUUCCCAGGACAUGGUGGACCACAGGGACCUAGAUUCCCUGGAGGCAACUUCGAACAGCCCAAUGGACACCUUCCAGGUGUGGUUGGAGUGCCACCCAGCCUCAACCAUAACAACAACUUCCCAGGAAACGAUGGAGCUCCAUCAGCUCAGCCCAACGGAAACUGCAACUGCAACGCCGACAACAGUUGCCCAGCUGGACCUCCUGGACCCAAGGGAGUUCCUGGAUUCGACGGACCUGAUGGACUCCCAGGAGUACCUGGUAUUGAUGGACAAGACGCUGAAGAUGCCAAGGCUCAGACUCAACAAUAUGCCGGAUGCUUCCACUGCCCACAAGGACCUCCUGGACCUCCAGGACCAACUGGAAAGCCCGGAGCACGUGGUAUGCGUGGAGCCCGUGGACAAGCUGCCAUGCCUGGUCGUGACGGACAGCCUGGAUUCCCUGGAACCAUCGGAGGGGUUGGAGCUCCUGGACCAGCUGGAGAGGAAGGACCCCAGGGAGAGCCUGGAGAGGACGUUGAGCACCAAAUUGGUCUCCCCGGUCCCAAAGGAGAGCCUGGACCAGUUGGAGAUGAAGGAGAUGAGGGACUUCAAGGAGAUACUGGAGCCCCAGGACCAGCCGGACCACCUGGAGAACGUGGACCCCAAGGAGAGAAGGGAGAUGAUGGUGCUAACGGCCUUCCCGGAGAGCCUGGAGAGGAAGGAGAACCUGGCAAGGACGCCGAGUACUGCCCAUGCCCCAAGCGCAACGCUGCACAGAAUGCUGAGCAGACUGCUGGAGGAUACCGCCGUUACUAG